CUCCAAGUCUGUAAAGAAUAAUAAAAUGAAAGGAUGUCUUCGUAAAAAAGAUUGAUUCCCAGUUUUUUUACUGGCUCUUCUCAAAACAAAUCAAAAACAUCAUCAAACAGCUCAAAAAACGCCUCUGGAUCUCGCGAGAUCCAUUUUGAAUCAAAAAGAAACCGAAAGACAACCUUCCUGGGUUUACUUGUCUUGUCUUAAUUCGUACAUUUUGUUUUGUCUGAAGCUUCUUCAGAUUCUUUUUUUUUUUUUAAUUUAGAGCCGCAACAAUGACGACCUUUAUCAACCUUGAGGAUUCACCAAUGUUUCAAAAACAGGUUUUCUCUUUAGAAGGAACAACUGAUGAGCUUAAAGAUCGUUGUCAGAAGCUAUACAAAGGUGUUAAGAAGUUCAUGGGAGUUUUGGGAGAGGCAUCUACUGGAGUCAGUGCCUUUGCAGAUUCGCUGGAAGAGUUUGGUGCUGGACAUGAUGAUCCUGUCAGUGUUUCAAUUGGAGGUCCAGUAAUAUCUAAAUUUGUAAAUACACUUCGAGAGCUCUCCUCUUAUAAAGAGUUUCUUCGCUCACAGGUGGAGCACGUAUUGCUUGAGAGACUGACGAACUUUAUGACUGUCGAUUUACAAGAAGCAAAGGAGUCCCGGCGUCGUUUCGAUAAAGCUGUCCAUUCUUAUGAUCAGGCACGCGAAAAGUUUGUCUCACUAAAAAAGAAUACCAGAGGAGAGGUUGUUGCUGAGUUGGAAGAGGAUCUGGAGAACUCCAAGUCAGCAUUUGAGAAAAGUCGUUUCAAUCUUGUAAAUUCGUUGAUGACUAUAGAAGCAAAAAAGAAGUACCAGUUCUUGGAAUCUAUAAGUGCCAUUAUGAAUUCCCAUUUGAGAUAUUUUAAGCUUGGAUAUGACUUACUUAAUCAACUGGAGCCUUAUAUCCAUCAUGUAUUGACCGAUGCUCAACAAUCAAAAGAACAGUCUAAAAUUGAGCAAGAUCGGUUUGAAAAACGCAUUCAAGAAUUCAGGACUCAAUCUGAAUUAGACAGCCAACAAGUUGAGCCCUCUAACGUUGAUGGAAACCAUGUUUAUAGAACUAUCCCGUAUAAAAAUGUAGAAGCAACUUCGAUAGCAACAGCGGACAAGGAAGUGAUUAAACAGGGCUAUUUAUUAAAGCGAUCAGCUAGUCUUAGAGCUGAUUGGAAAAGGAGAUUCUUUGUACUUGACAACCAUGGAUCCCUAUACUAUUACAGAAACACCGGUAACAAAUCAGCGGGAUCUCAACACUACUAUAGUGGUUUAGGUGAGCAUAAGAGCGGCGUCUUUAGGAGAUUUCGUUCAAGGCACGUUCGCUCAGCUUCACAAGGAAGCCUAGAUUGCAACAUGAUCGAUCUCCGUACUUCACUGAUAAAACUGGAUGCAGAGGAUACAGAUCUUCGACUUUGUUUUAGAAUCAUUUCUCCUCAAAUGACUUACACAUUACAGGCUGAAAAUGGAGCUGAUCGGAUAGAUUGGGUGAAUAAGAUCACAGCAGCUAUAGCAACACGAUUGAAUUCUCAUUUCUUGCAACAGUCACCAAUUAACUAUACUAGCUCUGGUGCUGCUGGUGACGAACUCUCCCUGGAUCAAAAGAAAGAUUGUAAUCGAAGACUAAAUAUGGGGGAUGAUGUCCUUACAACACUCAGAGGAAUCCAUGGAAACGAUGCAUGUGCAGAAUGCAAUGCAUCUGAUCCUGAGUGGGCAUCAUUGAAUCUUGGAGUGUUGAUGUGCAUAGAAUGCUCUGGUGUUCACAGGAACCUAGGUGUUCAUAUAUCCAAGGUGAGAUCACUCACAUUGGAUGUGAAAGUAUGGGAACCCACAAUCUUGGACUUAUUUCGAAACUUAGGCAAUGCAUAUUGUAAUGGAGUGUGGGAGGGCCUACUUCACCUUGACGAUGACUGUGAAAAGAGAUCAACUAACAAGCUUGAAUUGAUUACAAAACCAUCUUCAAAAGAUUCAUUUGCUCUAAAGGAGAAAUACAUUCAAGUCAAGUACCUGGAGAAAGCUCUAGUUAUCAAAGAUGAAAGCAAAACAAAACUUACUGACUCAACUAGAAUAUGGGAAGCUGUUCAAAGUAAGAACAUACGAGAAAUCUACCGACUCAUUGUAACAGCGGACGCAAAUAUCAUCAUCAAUACCAAGUUCGAUGAUAUUACUGCCGUUGAUGCAUAUCAUCACCAUGUUGAUGAACUAGAUGAAGUGAGGAAGAGACACGAUCCAAACGCGUGUCAGAGAAUCAAGGCUUCGAACGAUUCAAGAAACUGUCUUCAAGGAUGUUCGUUGUUGCAUGUGGCGUGUCAGAGCGGUGACCCGGUCUUGCUUGAACUGUUGUUGCAGUUUGGUGCUGAUAUAAACAUGAGAGAUUAUCAUGGGAGAACUCCGUUACACCAUUGUAUUGCAUCAGGGAACAACGCAUUUGCAAAGGUUUUACUGAGAAGAGGUGCUCGUCCUUCGAUAGAGGAUGGUGGAGGAUUAAGUGUAUUGGAAAGAGCGAUGGAGAUGGGAGCCAUAGCAGAUGAAGAGCUCUUUCUUCUCUUAGCAGAGUGUCACUGAUAUAACAUUCUCUUUUGUUCAGGCAAGUAAUCUGUUUGAUUAAUUUCUAAGACUAUGAGACAAAUGAUCUUUGGUCAUGUUAAUGUAAUUGUUGUAGUAGUAAUUGGGGAUGAGUGGCUCAUUGAUGCUCUUUAAGGUCAUCUUUUAGAGUUAGUUAUGGAAUGUUACAGAGUUGCAAGGCGUUAUACUUUCA